GAUCCGUUGGAGUAACGUUGUAUAUAUACAUUCAUGCAACUCUAACCUUGCACAUCUAAAUAAAUGAAAUUAUUACGUAUAGAUUUGUUUUUUAUGCAAUACAAAAUAUAGAAAUAUGAAAAUCAGCGUUGAUGGUUUACUUGUAUAUUUUCCGUACGAUUAUAUUUAUCCAGAACAGUAUGCAUAUAUGCUCGAGCUUAAGCGAGGCUUGGAUGCAAAAGGACACUGUUUGUUGGAAAUGCCCUCAGGCACUGGCAAAACCAUAACUCUUUUAUCAUUAAUUGUAGCAUAUAUGCUGGAAAAUCCAUUAGAUAUUACAAAAUUAAUUUAUUGCUCUCGUACAGUACCAGAAAUAGAAAAGGUUAUAGAAGAAUUAAAAAAGCUUAUGGAUUAUUAUGAAAAAGAAGCAGGAAAUAAACCAAAAAUUGUUGGGCUGGUACUUAGUUCAAGAAAAAAUAUGUGCAUUCAUCCAGAGGUAAGCAGAGAACGCGAAGGUAAAAUUGUAGAUGGACGCUGUCAUGCUUUAACAGCAUCAUAUAUUCGUGAAAGACAUAAUUAUGAUGAAUCUACACCAAUCUGUAACUUUUAUGAAGGAUUCGAUAUGGAGGGGAAAGAACAAAUGAUGCCACCAGGCAUAUAUUCUAUUGAUGACUUGAAAGAAUAUGGUAGAGAUCGUAAUUGGUGUCCAUAUUUUCUUGCAAGGUUUACAAUUUUACAUGCUCAAAUUGUAGUAUACAGUUAUCAUUAUUUACUGGAUCCUAAAAUUGCAGAAAGCGUAUCAAAAGAAUUAAGCAAAAGUUCUGUAGUAGUUUUUGAUGAAGCUCACAACAUAGAUAAUGUAUGUAUUGAUUCAAUGAGUGUAAAAAUAAACAGAAGAAUCUUAGAAAAAAGUUCUGCUAAUAUACAAUUUCUUGAGAAAACAGUGACAGAGAUGAGAGAAGAUGAUGCAAAUAAAUUAAAAGAGGAAUACGAAAGAUUAGUAGAAGGAUUAAAAGACGCGCGAGUCGCAAGAGAAACUGAUAUUAUCUUGGCUAAUCCUGUUUUACCAGAUGAAGUUUUACAAGAGGUAGUUCCUGGUAACAUAAGAAAUGCAGAACAUUUUAUCUGCUUUUUGAAACGAUUUGUAGAAUAUUUAAAAACGCGUUUACGUGUACAACACGUUGUUCAAGAAUCGCCUGCUGCAUUUUUACGAGAUGUUCAAGCAAAAGUUUCAAUAGAACGUAAACUUUUACGAUUUUGCGCUGAACGAUUAGGUUCUUUUUUACGUACCAUGGAAAUAACAGAUCUAACUGAUUUUUCACCAAUAAUUUUGGUGACUCAUCUUGCAACAUUAGUCUCUACAUAUACCAAAGGAUUUACGAUCAUAGUAGAACCGUUUGAUGAUAAAUCGCCUACAGUUUUGAAUCCGAUUCUUCAUUUCAGUUGUUUAGAUUCGUCCAUUGCGAUGAAACCUAUAUUUGAUCGGUUUCAAUCAGUAGUUAUUACCUCAGGAACAUUGUCUCCAUUAGAUAUGUAUCCUAAAAUUUUAAAUUUUCACCCGGUUAUAAUGUCGUCUUUUACAAUGACAUUAGCUAGACCAUGUCUUUUACCUAUGAUUGUAGGAAAAGGUAAUGAUCAAGUUACAAUUUCAUCAAAGUAUGAAACAAGAGAAGAUGUUGCUGUUAUAAGAAACUAUGGCCAGCUAUUGGUUGAAUUUGCUGCUACUGUUCCUGAUGGAUUAGUCUGUUUCUUCACUUCUUAUUUUUACAUGGAAUCUGUAGUAGCUGCAUGGUACGACCAAGGCGUGGUGGACCAACUUCAGAGGCAUAAAUUAUUAUUCAUUGAAACUCAAGAUUCUGCCGAAACGAGUUUAGCUCUGAUAAAUUAUAUAAAGGCUUGCGAAAAUGGAAGGGGUGCUGUUCUUCUUUCCGUAGCGCGUGGAAAAGUAUCAGAAGGGGUUGAUUUUGAUCAUCAUUUAGGAAGAGCAGUUCUAAUGUUCGGGAUACCUUAUGUAUAUACACAAUCACGUAUUUUAAAAGCACGAUUAGAGUAUCUUCGUGAUCAAUUUCAAAUAAGAGAAAAUGAUUUCUUGACAUUUGACGCGAUGAGGCAUGCGGCACAAUGUGUCGGUAGAGCAAUUAGAGGCAAAACUGAUUAUGGUAUUAUGGUCUUUGCAGAUAAGAGAUUUUCAAGGAUAGAUAAACGAAGUAAAUUACCAAAAUGGAUACAGGAACAUCUAACUGAUAAUUUAUGUAACUUGUCAACCGAGGAGGCUGUACAGAUAAGUAAACGCUGGUUACGUCAAAUGGCUCAGCCAUUCACACGCGAAAAUCAAUUAGGAUUGUCAUUAUUGACACGAGAACAGCUUGAAAAAGAAGAAUAUGGUAAAAUAGAAGAACAAGCACAGCAAAAUUAAAUAUUUUAAUGUUAUAUUUAUAAUAAAUUGUUUGUGCCAUUCUUAAAUACGAUAUGUAGUUUGUACUUUGUAUUAUAGUGAGAAAAGGAAAUAAUUAUAAAAGAUUGUAACAAAAAUAAUUUUUUUAACAAUAUAUAAUUUUUGUAAGCUAUUAA